CAAAAAAAAAAAAAAAAAAAAAACAAAAUGAAAAAAUUUAAAAAUCCCGAAAAGAAAUUGAAUCGUCUAGAUGUUGGUCAUUCUAUUGCAUUGAAUUAAGCUAAGAUGUUAAGGAAAAAUGUCUGGAUGCUCGUGACUUGUGGCCUUUUGGUAUAGCAUCCAAACAAAGUUGCUAGAAUCUUCACAUUUAGCGUUUCGUAAAUAAACAACUUCUAAAGUAUAUACAUAUAUAGCUGUUAUCAAGUAACUCUUCAACCGACCAGCCAUAACUGACCACAAUGAUCUAAAUUUAUAUACGGAAAUUAAUAGAGAAUAAAAAAUAUAUCCUAGGAUCCCGUAACGCCCCUGGGAAUCCACAAACUCAUUUAGAAAAAAGAUUAAUAGAGAAUAAAAAAAAAAUAUCCUGAGAAUCCACAAACUCAUUUAGAAAAAAGCGAUUCCUGGACGAUGAUACUCUAAUGUCUAGGAUCCGCCCUGAAAUUCGUCAAGCCAGAAGUAGUAGUGGUAGUAGAAGACACCUCCAGCCUUCCUCAAUGGGUUCUCCAGCGAUGAAACUCUACUCCACGGUCAUCAUCGCUUCCGUAUUAUCAGGUCUCGGGACGGGCGUCAGCAUCGUCAAUCUGUCGGUACCGAACGUGGUCGAAGCUGACACCGAACCCAUUCUCUUGGACUGCGAGUACAGGGUCGAGGAAUGGGAGAGCUCGGGCCUCGUCGUCAAGUGGUACCUGGACGCAGUACACCUGGUCUACCAGUGGAUACCGCCCAUCCAGCCCCAAGCCCUGGGGGUCCUCAGCGGCCUGGUCAACACGUCCUACAGGGCUUCCAAGGAGCCCUGGGAGGCCUUCCGCGCCCUCUACAUCCCACAUCCGCAGCCUGAGCUCUCCGGCAGAUACUCCUGCGUCGUCAGCACGUUCGAGGACGAAGACAUGAGGUCGGCGGACCUCCUCGUUUGGGCCGCCGCCCGGGACGUGGAGUUGAAGUUCUGGCGUCCCAGCGAACACUUGGUCAACAUCACCUGCUUGGCCGCGGCUGCAGCGCCCGAACCUUCGUUUGCUCUCUUCACGCAAAACCCCAACGGAACCAGGUACGACCUGCAGCUUCGGGGGGAGAGGAAAACGAACGACAGCGGCCUUUGGUGGGCGGAGGUGUGGGGCCUCAUCGCCUACGACAGCACCCCUGAGGACACCCAAAUUGGGUGCACGAUCACCUUGCCCAACACCACGUACACCACAUCUCUCACGAAACCCUACGAUCCAGAUCUGCCUAUAAUUACGACAACUACGACCACCACCCAGCCUACGACUACCAUAGGGCGUGAUCAGUACGGCCGAUGGGGCAAUAUGUCUAUGACGACCCCAGGAUUCUUUGAAAUUUCUGGACUAUUUGGCUCAGCAAAUGGAGGGUUCGCCGUCGCACCAGAUUCCUUGUUCACGACGACAUUUUUGGCGUUCGUGAUCGUGCUUUGGAAGAUGGCGACGGAGUCAUGAUACCCCAACUGGUCGAUUGGGUCCAGCGACUGAAACCACCACGGAGGAGAGAGAGAGAGAGAGAGAGAGAGAGCUCCUUUGUCGAAAGCCUUUGAAGGGGGAGGGUUUGGCUGUGACUGAAGAUGUCACGUAACCCCCCCCCCCCACCACCUCCCCCCCCCCCCCCCCCCCCCCCACCCCCCCCCCCCCCCCUUAAAGAACGGACACGACGUCCUUAAAUGGUUUUUAACCAAGAAGGGCGUGGAACCACGGCCCACCACGGAAGGAAUGGAGGGAAACUGUGCGACUCUUGAUCGGCUUCCUUCAAGUCGCCAGGCGAUCGACUGUGUUCGACUCUGGAUUGCAGUCGACUGGCUUCACGGAAUAUCCCCUUCAAGCACCUAAUUGUGAUAAGCUUUCAUGUUUCCGUGACUCGGCUUCACUGAAUUUUCGUGUUUCUUAAAAAAAAUAAAAUAAAAUAAAAUAAAUGGUCGGAGAGCAGUUCCUUGUCGGGAAAACUCCAAAGAUGUCUCAAGAUGUCUAUCGAUUUCAACGUGAUAUAGAAAUGUGAUUUCCUACUAAGAAUAUAGCGCGGAUAUAGCGCGAGAUUUAGAAAACUGCAAGAAAAUCGCCUUUCAUUGUAGAAGGUGAAAAUGGUACAUAAUCGAUGUGAGAGAAAACCGAAACUCAUUUAUCUAAUGUGAACAGAAAUGAAUCUGUUUGAUAGAAUUAAAAACUGCAAGUCGUCUCUGAUUUGGGAAGGACACUGAUAGGAAAUCUCUGUAUGAAAAGUGAAUACAGUGAAAUAGAGGAAAAUACUCGAUUUAAGCGAUAAAAUAAUAUUUUAUCAUUCCCUUUCGAGACAUUGAUUGACGCUGGACAGAAAAAUGUUCGAAAAAGAGUAAAUGAAAUAAAAUGCUUUGGAACUGUUGAUAUCAUCGACUUUUUCUAAGAAUAUUACAAAUAAAUACCGAGAGUGGAAAGACCAGAACUUACUUUUUUUUUUUUGGAGGACAUAACAACAGUAACACUGGUAAUAUAAGUAAUAACCAGUUUCCACGGGUGCAAAAGUCUGUAGAAUAAUGAGGUAAGGUCAAUCAUUUCAGAGAAGGACGAAAACAUCAGCCGUGUUUUUGCGAAGAUUGGAUGAAUAUUCUCCCAAUAGGUAGUUGACGAAAUCCAGUGAUGCUUUGAAAGAGGUGAAGAGGUUAUUCAAACGAAAUAUUCAUGAAGAGCACCAUACUUCAAAAGCGGUGCAAAAUAAUCGACAAAAGUGAAUGAAAGUCAGCCCAAAAUGAGUAAAUGUUUGAAAACUAUUGAGUGAUUACUUGUCCUUUGAACAAUGCGUGAAAAUAAUACCGAAAUGACACGUGUGACUAUUACUUACGAGAAUUUCUAAAAAUGAAGAAAAAUCUAGUUUCAGAAAAGUGCAAGAGCCCUUCCUGUGUAUUUCACUCAGUAGACACUACGAGAAAUCGCAAAUGAAGAUUGGAUGUAUGCCUGUUGAAUAAUCAGAACGUUUGUGUAGGCGAAUAAGUUGUGUCAUUUUCAAAUGGAAUUGAAAGUUCGCUGGAUUUGGAAACGACUUGAACAAAAAAUAAGAGAAAAAGAUAAUUUCAAAGAAUUUCAGGCUGAUUUGUAAUACAUACAUACACACAUACAUAUAUAUAUAU